AGAUAUAGAGAAGGAAGGGAAGUGAGCAGGCACAGACACUGGCAGACAUCAGAAGUUCAAGCCUCUUUGACAGCAGGAGUCUAGAAGAAAGGACAAAAGCAGUUCUGGCUGUGAUGGGGCUCUUACUGGGCCUCCUGCUCCUGGGCCACCUAACAGUGGUCACCUAUGGCCAUCCCAUCCUGGAAGCACCUGAGAGUGUGACAGGGCCUUGGAAAGGGGAUGUAAAUAUUCCCUGCACCUAUGGUCCUCUGCAAGGCUACACUCAAGUCUUGGUAAAGUGGCUGGUACAACGUGGCUUGGACCCAGUCACCAUCUUCCUACAUGAUUCCUCUGGAGACCAUAUCCAGCAAGCAAAGUACCGGGGCCGCCUGCAAGUGAACCAUGAGGUUCCAGGAGAUGUGUCCCUCCAACUGAAUACCCUGGAGAUGGAUGACCGGAGUCACUACACAUGCGAAGUCACUUGGCAGACCCCUAAUGGCAACCAAGUGGUGAGAGAUAAGAUCAUCGAGCUCCGUGUCCAGAAACUCUCUGUUUCCAAGCCCACAGUGACGACUGGCAGUGGCUAUGGCUUCACAGUGCCCCAGGGAAUGAGGAUUAGCCUUCAAUGCCAGGCUUGGGGUUCUCCACCCAUCAGUUAUAUUUGGUACAAGGAACAGACCAACAAUCAAGAACCCAUCAAAGUAGCAGUCUUAAGUACCUUACUCUUCAAGCCUGCCAUGGUGGCUGACUCGGGCUCCUAUUUCUGUACUGCCAAGGGCCGGGUAGGCUCUGAGCAGCGCAGCAACGUUGUGCAGUUCGUGGUCAAAGACUCCUCAAAUCUACUCAAGACUAAGACUGAAGCACCUACAACCAUGCAAUCUCCCUUGGAAGCAACAUCUACAGUGAACCCAAUUUGGAACUGGACCACAGAAGUGGAUGGCUACCUUGGGAAGACAAGUGCUGAGCCAGGAAAGGGCCUGCCUGUCUUUUCCAUUAUUCUCAUCAUUUCCCUGUGCUGUAUCAUGGUCUUCAUCAUGGCUUAUGUUAUGCUCUCCCGGAAGACAUCCCAACAAGAGCAUGUCUACGAAGUGGCCAGGGCACAUGCCAGGGAGGCCAGCAAUUCUGGUGAAACCUGGAGAGUGGGCAUUUUCACAAGUGGCUGCUCCACCGAAGAGCCAUCUUCCCAGACUCCAGACAAUGACUACUCUGAGGAUCCCUGCCUGGGCCAGGAGUACCAGACCAUCACCCAGAUCAACAGUGACUAUGCUCACCUGCUGCACACAGUUCCUCCAGAUUAUGAGCUUUUGGCCACCGAGGACAAGGGCCUCUGUUAAAAAUGCCCUGCUAAGCCACAGUCUGCUGACAUAAUUGCCUAUUCAGCCCCCAUCUUCUGCAUAGCUACCUUCCCUGCUACCUCUCUUUGUGGAUGACCCAACAAGUCUUCCUUGCCCAACACUGAGGUUCCUAAGAGUGAAUGGCUUUGCCUAAGAAGCUAUUAUAUGCACUUCAAGCAAGCCUGCUACUGGAUCAGACCUUAGACCCUUCUGUUAUCCCUUCUUCUACUGCUUCUCUUCAAACACUGGAGGGAAGUUUCCAUAGCACUAAGACUUGCUCAUCAUGCCUCCAGAUACCACUCAACUUUGGCAUCUUGCCACCAGAAGACCAGAGGGAAACUCAGCUUUGCCAGCUCAGGGGACCAGUUAUGCCCAGAAUCACUCCCCCCCCCUUUUUUAGGACCAGAUAGCUUUUAAUUAAGAUUUUUAUGUAACAAGCCAGGGUUCAGUUUUGCUCCUGAACUGUGAGUCUAGUGCUCUGGUAUUCUUCUGAUGCUCAAUAAAUAUCUAAUCAUGACAGCAA